AAGCCAAAAUUGGAUUCUUUUUCGAUUUCUAGGGUUUGCUCAUCCUCAUCCCCAUCCCCUCCGCCGUCGCCUUCCCCGCCUCCGACCAAAUUCGUGGUUUUUGAUUGAUUUCCGGACGGAAGAUAUGAUCCCCAACUCCUUCGACACCUUCCUCUGAUCUCAUCUGUCCCCGGAUCCAGCCACCAAAAGAAGCCAUACUAUGGUGCGCCGCCGCCCGUCACCGCCGUCUUCCUCCUCCUCCUCCUCCUCCUCGUCGCCGAUGCUCCACAAGAACCUCCGCGCGCUCGGCCCCGGCCUCAAUCCGUUUGCCCCCUUCGGCAUGGGCAACUACUCCCGCUAAUCCCUAUUCCCCCCCUCCCUCAUCCCCUCUGCUCAAUUUCUGAUUUGCUUUUCUCCGGACCCGAUUUGCUUCUCCCCCCCUUCUCGUUCUUGAUUGGAUUGGAUUGGAUUGGAUUGCUCCUCUCUCUGCUUGCUUGGUCGGCUUCGUUUGGAUCUGCUUGCGAGAUUAGGCAAGGGGGCCAUGGUGCAGCUCCGCAGCUCGCUCAGCAUGACCCGGGCGCGUACCCGCAGCGACUCGGACGACGCCGACGACCGCGGCUGGAGCCAGCUCCACGUCGCCGCCCGCAAGGGCAACCUCAAGGAGGUGAGACGUCUCCUGAAUGAAGGCAUGAAUGUCAAUGCACCCACAUGGGGACCAAAGUCUCCUGGCGCUACUCCACUGCACCUUGCUGCUCAGGGAGGGCAUGUGAAAAUCAUGGAUGAACUACUGGAGCGCGGUGCAAAUAUUGAUGCCCGAACAAAAGGAGCUUGCGGCUGGACUCCCCUGCACAUUGCUGCCAAGGAAAGAAACAAGAGGGUGGUCAGGUUCCUUGUCGAGAACGGUGCAUUCCUGCCCCCUGACCUGGACGACCACAGGUUCAACCCACCCCUCCACUACUGCUCUGGGCUGGAGUGGGCGUACGAGAUGAAGCGCAUGCAGGACGAGAGUGACUCGGGCGGCGAAGCUUCCUUCAGCUCAUCCAACUAGUGAGAAGUGAUCUAUCCGCAGGGGAUUCUGCUGAUCUUUGGGUUAUGACUGCUUGUUUUUAAUUAUGAAAUCCACCCUUCCUAGCUUAUGUGCCGAGCCUGCGAGGAGCUACGACCAAGUGAAAGCAGGCUGAUGCUGGUAUUGUAUGUGUAUACAAGAAUAAACAUGGUGCCGUCACGAGGUCCUGGAGUUGCUGCUGUGCUGCCCUCUAGUUUACCUGGUAUAUUCUGGUACAUCGGUGACCAGGCCGCAGUGAUCUCAGAUUGGGAUAUCCGUCUCUAUGAAGGAACAUCCUUCGUAAACAUAUGUUGUCGAACCUUUGCUUUGUUUGCCGGACAAGUAUUGUACAUCUGAUUGGUUUGUUUGGAACACAUGUGUGUGUUUUUUUUGUCUGAAGCUAUUGUUGUGUUUAUUUGGAAACUUGAUGUUGUCUUUUCGAUCAAUUAAAUAUGUAUCGUUGUGGACA